CUCAGACCGAUUUCAGAAUGUCUGAAACAAAGUCAGUACCGUAAAUUAAGCGUUAGGUAGCUAGCGUUAAUUUCAACCAUUAAGGAGAAAGGAACCAACCUAGUAACCUUUAUCUACUACCAAACUAAUUAAGUGGUUAAAUAAUAAGACAGCGCCAGUUACAGACAGCUUCAGUGCCUUGUUGACGUUAUUAGCUUAGCCAGCCAGCUAACAUUGGGUAAUAAUCCCAGUUACCGGAACGAUAACAGUGCUAACUAGCCGAGCUCCCCUGGGAGAUCGCUAUCCACAUACAGUGGAGGUCUUGCUGUUCUUCAUUUAUAGUCUGCUAUAGUAUACUACAACCUGGGGAAUUCCAAUUUGAAGGGAAAUUCUGGUUUGAGUGUGACCGGAUUCCGGUUGAUCCGUUAGCUAACUAGCUUAGUUUUCCCAAAUUAAACAAGGCAGUGAACGCAACGUCAAAGGACCCCAAUGACGUAGGGAGACGCGUCUGUUUCAUGCCUGAUAGCUGUCACUUUGGCAAAGUUUAUAACUUUCAUUUAAAACUGUUCGUAGUGUUAAACUUGCUAAGUAUUUCUACUUUCACCUUACUAUAGGAUUAUAUAUCAAGAUAAGAAAAUAAAUGAAGUGAUUAUUAUUGUUAUUGUUGUUAUUAUUGUUACCAUUAUUAUUAGUGGUAGUGGUAUUAGUUAAUGGUUGUUGUAGUGGUAGAAUGUAGAAUUCGAUGUUGUAAAGUGGGGUUGUAUUUUCUAUUCUAUUCUUCAGACUUUCUAUUCACACGUGUGUCUGUUUGUGUACGUGUGUGUGCGCGCGUGCAUGCUUGCGUGCGUAAAACAAGGCUGCCGGCAGCUCUCCUCAAGUCUCUGGUCUGACGGACAAGUUGAGACAGAACUGAAGGUGUGGCGGCAGUCAAGGUAGCCUGUCUCUACCUUAGAAGUGUCACGAGUGGAAACUUUAUGACACCGGAAUUGUCUCUUCACCGCGAGUCAGUGUUGUAGGAGGACAGAGAGGUCCGGAUUCGUGUGGGUCACUGAGCCUAGAACUGGAGACAGCAGGAGCGUCGCAGGUUGGAUUUUGCUGUCUUUAGGGACCUGAAAUCGGCAUUGCUGUAUCCGGAACCUUCGGGUCCGGUUGCUCAUGAGAUCUGGAGGAAUGGAAGUAUCUGCCAUGGAGUAAGCUUAAUAACCGCAGGACGAAGAGGUAAAUCUACACUGGUGCUCUCUGAAUGUCUUAAUGAGUGGAAACAUCAGCCAGCUGUUGCUGUUCCCAGUGCCGUGAGAAGGCUUUAUGUGGCUGGGUGGCAUGACAUGAAUUCCAAGGAUCAUCAACCAGUAUACAAUGGCACAGUGGUAGCAUUCAGGUUCACUUCCUUAUAUGCUGACUGGUUCUAGUGAUAACAAUAGCCGUGUUUAUUUUCUCCUUUUACUCGGUAGGCUAUGGAAACCCAAUCCUGCCAGGAAAGGACAAACAUUGAGAUACUCCUAAUAGGUCAAAAUACUAAAGUAAAAUCAUUAUAUUUGAAGUCAAAAUAGAAGACACUAUGUAGAAGUUAAUAAGUUUUUAAGUCAAUACUUAAAAUACUUUGUCACAAAUUGGAAAAUGAUGAGACUAAAUCAUAUCAAAUGUUUAUUUACACAUAAUCUCAUCAUCUUUUUAUUAAUACUAAUUGUACUUCCUCUCUAUAUCAUAUUUUUGACUUGUAUUUAAGAAAACGCGGCUCCACCAAAAACUGAACAAAAGUGUGACAGUGAAGGAGGACAAUCCGGGAGAUAAAGAGUAGAACGCUUUAAUUACAGAAGUUCAGCUUUACAAUUCAUACUCCCCCACCCUAACCUCAGUCUCACUCUUUACUCCCCAGCUAUACUAACAGGGAGGGGCUAAGCUCCACUAGCACACCUACACACUGCAUGUUUAGCACGCUAAGUGAGUUAACACUUCACAAAGUUUACACUAGUGAUUCCUUUCACUGCAAACAAGAACGAACCACCUCUCACUACUCCAUCCUCCGGCUUGGGACCCGGAAAUCUCGAGGAGCGAGGAGGCUUGCCCGAGGAGCUGUGAGCAAGGAAACGCAGGUGUAUCCUUUACGGAAGUCUUUCAGCAUCCGUAAACAAAUAAAAGAGGUUUGACACACAGCUGGAAUAAUCCCAAAGCAUUACUUGAAGACAUUCCUGCUUUAUUACUUUCAUAUUGACUGUAGCCUGCAUCCAUUUUUAACUGCUAUAAUGGUGACAUGAUGUUUACAAGUGCAAACAGCUGCUUAUUAUAUCAACAUUCUCUUUACUCACCACUUUUUUGCUGUAUUUUAUGUUGUCGUAUAGAUAGACAGGACUGUUUGUGUGUACAUAAUAUAUAUCACUCAGUCAUCUACUGUAUAUAAUAUGUCACUCUUUAGUUGUACAGUACUUUUCAUACAAAUAUUUGUAGUACUUCCCACAAUGAUAUAUAGAAGCACUACAAAUAUUGUGUGUGUGUGUAUUCAUCCGUAGAUUCUUCUAGAAGGUGUCAUGAGCUCUGUUAUGCUCAUCUGACAGAGAUCAUAAAAUACAGCAGUAUAACCAAACAAUGGACAGCUGUGACACACGUCAUUUUUAAUUGAUGUCUUUAAAAUGACACUCGGAGGCAACAGUGUCUCAUUUGUUAAAUGCCUGUUCCAAGUCUCCUGUGGGCGGGACUAAGACGUAAGGCGAGGAGGUGAGGAAAGGAAUUACGCAGGCAUAAAGUCAGGAAGUGAGAAAGACCCAGAGAUUCAUCCUGAGCAGUUAUGAUUGGUGGGGGAAGCAGGAUGACAAUAAACAAAAUGAAAAGAAAGCAUGACUAAACUUUAAAAUACCUGCUACAUCAUACGUAUCAGUUGUCCUACCGCCUUCAACCCUGCAAGGAAGCAGGUCUGACAUACACAACAACAAUACACGUCACAGACAGAAAGCAGGCUUAUGUCUGCCCUCUCGUCUUCUCUGCUCGCCAACAUGGAAGGAGGCCUGCAUACUUUACCAGCGACCCUUAGUGCCACCUGCCACAAAGGACUGAACAAUGAGGAAUGAUACAAAUGAAAAUACUCAUGCUAAGGCAACAUUUGGGUUUAAUGUCUCACAAUUCUGACUGACAGUAUUUUGUCACAAUUUGACUUUGUAGAUUUAAAAUAAUGAGCUACUAAGCACAAUUUAUGACUUUUUACUGUAAAAAAUGUGAGGCAGAAAGUUGAAUUGACUUUUCUCAUCAAAUUAAAGUCAUGCUAUAGAAAUGUAUCAAAUAAUAAGCCAAUAUUAUGUAUAAUUGUAUCUAACUAAGCCAAAAUGAUGAUAAACAUUGGACCUAGUAUCUGAUCAUUGUGUCGGAUCUAAAAUAGUCUACGCUUACAAUGUGUUUAUUUUGAAGUGUAUUUUAAUUAAUUCAAUACUGUGUAUUGUGUGUAUGUAAAUGAAGAGUUUGAAAGGCGUUUCUACUUUCUAUCAGGCACGUUGUUCCCUAAGCUCAUCGUUCAUGUGGAGCAAUUCAUUCAUUCUUUGACCCAUUUUUCUGAUUGUCCAAUUUUCCCAUCCCCAAUCCUCUCUGCUUUAUUUAGCUUCACUGCAGCUCCCAUCUCCUCUCAACCCUUCCUCCUCAUCUCUGGCCUGUACUUGUCUUUUUCCUGCUCUAUUCCAUCACUUCUUAUACAGCUACCAUGCGCAGAUUCAGCUCAGAGGGAUCCCUCCUGGAUCUGGACUUCCUCCCAUGGAAGAGGGUGGCACUGAAGACCUCAGAUCAUGGGAAGAACCGGAAGUCCGACACCUACACCCCUCACACGGAGGAAGAUGAGCUGGAAGGGAGCUCGACCCGCCCGACCCCCACCAUCCGGGAGCCUAGAGCCAGUUCCAGCGAGGCGGGGAGGAAGGAGCUGAUCAAGGAGCACAGCGUCAGCGCAGAGAACCUGUGCGAGCUGGAGAAACUGGGCAACAACCACCUCAGAGUGUGUGUCAUUAGUGAAGGCUGCAGGGCCUACAGUGACGGCCAGCUGGCCCCGGCUGACCAGGGCAGCACGGAGAGCAUGGAGAGCGACGAUCUGCAUUCCACGUCUCCUUCCUCCUCCUCCAAGCCCUUCAAAUUCCAUCACAGGCACCACCAGAAACCCAAACUGUCAUCUGCUAAACUGCACCUCAAGAGUCUGUUCGGGCAGAGUCCUCAUUCCUCAAACUCCAACCUGUCCAACACAGAACAGACAGACAGUGCCAAAGAGAGGAGGUCUCGCCUGCUCUUCAUGCGUCAGUGGAGUCAGGUGGGCCACAGUAAGAAGAGGAAGAUCAGUCAAGAAGAGCUGGAGAAAUGGGCGGAGUCCCUGAACGAGCUGCUGCUCAGCCAAAGUAAGUCCUGCUCCGUUCUGAGGUGAGAUGUAGACGAACACUUGAUGACCUUUGAAAUCUCUGGAAAGGUUGA